AUUAAAAAAUUGUCUCUGGGAACAAAUCGCUUCAUCCUCCUCAGCCCGCCACGACCUCCACUUCUCCACCUUCAGCCGGUCACGCACCGCCGCCGUUUCUCAUCCUCUGAAGUCUCUCUUUGAGAAUGGCAACAAGUCUUCUAUUCUCCAGUAAGGGUUGCGACCAGUACUCGCUCAUCAGAAAAACUACAAGAUGGAGGUCUCCUAAAGCUGCAGUAAUUCCCAAUUUUCAUCUUCCUAUGCGGAGUAAUGAGGUUAAAAACAGGACAUAUGCUGAGGAUAUAAAAGCACUCAGAUUGGUUAGUGCAAUAAAAACUCCAUAUCUACCUGACGGAAGAUUUGAUCUUGAGGCCUAUGAUGCCUUAGUGAACAUGCAGAUUGAGAGUGGUGUUGAAGGGGUAAUUGUUGGUGGCACAACCGGUGAAGGUCAAUUAAUGAGCUGGGAUGAGCACAUCAUGCUCAUUGGCCACACCGUCAACUGCUUUGGUGGGUCCAUCAAAGUCAUUGGGAACACAGGAAGCAACUCAACCAGGGAAGCGAUCCAUGCCACAGAGCAAGGCUUUGCUGUUGGGAUGCAUGCAGCCCUUCACAUCAAUCCCUACUACGGCAAGACAUCCUUAGAGGGAAUGGUCUCUCACUUUAACGGCGUGCUCCCAAUGGGACCCACAAUCAUCUAUAACGUCCCAUCAAGAACCGGUCAAGACAUUCCACCCAGCGUGAUUCACAAGGUGGCAAAGAGCCCUAACCUGGCAGGUGUGAAAGAGUGUGUUGGGAAUGAUCGAGUGGAGCAGUACACAAGCAGCGGGAUUGCUGUUUGGAGCGGGAACGACGAUGAAUGCCAUGAUGCAAGGUGGGGUCAUGGUGCGACAGGUGUCAUUUCUGUAACGAGCAACCUGGUCCCUGGUCUGAUGAGACAACUAAUGUUUGGAGGAAAGAACCCGACACUGAACGCAAAGCUUCUUCCUUUGAUGAAAUGGCUGUUUGAACAACCAAACCCUAUUGGUUUAAAUACAGCCAUGGCACAGCUUGGGGUCGCUAGGCCCAUAUUUCGCCUUCCCUAUGUUCCACUUCCCAAGGCAAAAAGGGAGGAGUUUGUGAAGAUUGUGACCGAUAUUGGCCGGGAAAACUUUAUAGGAGAGAAAGAUGUCCAAGCUCUCGACGAUGAUGAUUUCAUUUUGGUGGGUCGAUAUUAAUGAAGAUUCUGCAGUGUUUCGUUACAACUAGUUUUUCUUUAUCAUUAUCAUCAUCAUCGUCAUCAUCUUCUUCUUUUUUGUGUCAAAUUUAACUGCUAGUUCUGUUGUUGAACUCCAUUAAUCAAUCGUGUUAGAUGUUUUGUGUUCCACUUGUUGAUGACUUGAAUCACUUAAUGUUAUCCCAUUUCAUCUUUCUCAUAAUUCAGUAUUUUGAUUUUUGGUUGAGGAUAUAAUAAUUUGUUACUGCUUGAUGAUUGAAUUUUGGUGACUUGAAUUUUAAAGCUUAGUUUCUAUCCAUUUCUCGAGUAUCAAACAAUGCCUAAGAAAUUUCACAGUUGGUA